GUGCAAGGAAGUCAGUACCGGUUUCAUAAUACUGGUUGGUAUAAAGAUGUUAAAAAACUUGAGGACAUCGCUAAUCAUGAUUGGAGAAAAAGAUGCAUAUGUCAAGAUAACGGAAUUUUCUUACUUGAGGUAUGGUAUGAUGAAAAUCCAGAAAUAGUUAUCCCUGAAAGAAUACAAAAAAUUAAAGAUUUCGUUAAUUAA